CAAGACACCCGCCCUCUAGGGGCGCAUGUCCGUCAUUCCUGUCUGGGAGAUGCGCGGUUCUCCAAACCAGCGCUCCUGCUCGCAGUGCGCCUGCGUGUUUGGCGUGGUGUAAAUACAGACGGAGAGCUGCAUUUUCGGGCAAGAGACGUGGGGCGACUGGAGCGGGAGCUGCCAUGUUGCUCUCGGCGCCUUUUCGGGCCUUUUUUGUGCAAUCGGUGAAGCAGAUCCGCUGCUUUCAUGCAACAGCUGUGCGUAGUAGUGCUGGUGGAGCCUUGUUUGUGCACAGAGAUACUCCUGAAAACAAUCCAGAUACUCCAUUUGAUUUUACACCUGAAAAUUAUAAGAGAAUAGAGGUAAUAGUAAACAACUUCCCAGAGGGACACAGAUCUGCAGCUGUGAUGCCAGUCCUUGAUCUAGCCCAAAGACAGCAUGGAUGGCUACCUAUAUCAGCUAUGAAUAAGGUUGCUGAGAUUCUACAGAUGCCUCCCAUGAGAGUAUAUGAAGUAGCAACCUUUUACACCAUGUAUAAUCGUAAGCCUGUUGGAAAGUACCAUAUACAGAUUUGUACCACUACGCCUUGUAUGUUGCAAGAUUCUGAUGGCAUCUUAGAAACCAUCAAGAAGAAGCUUGGUAUAAAAGUGGGGGAAACAACACCUGAUAAACUCUUCACUCUGGCUGAAGUAGAAUGCUUGGGUGCCUGCGUAAAUGCACCAAUGGUACAAAUAAAUGAUAACUACUAUGAAGACCUGACCCCAAAAGACAUUGAAGACAUAAUUGAUGAACUGAGAGCUGGAAAAGCUCCAAAACCUGGUCCAAGGAACGGGCGCUUCUCAUGUGAGCCGGCUAAUGGACUGACUUCUCUGACAGAACCACCCAAAGGACCUGGUUUUGGAGUUCGGUCAGACCUUUAACAAGUUGUAAAAAAACAAAAAGGACUAAUAAAUCUGAACUGUGGAGAGCUGAAAA